AUGCGCUUCACAGAAAUUCUCGCGAUCGCCACUCUUGGCCUGGCAGGCGCCGGCUCUGCAUACUCUUCCUCCAGCUACGGAGAUCUCGAAACCCGCGACGAGCACCAACUGCGGGUUGCCUACCAACGAAGCUUAGAUGGGCUUGAGAUCCGCGAACCAAAGCAUCUGAAAAUUGGUAUCAUGGAUCCAAAGAAAUUGGAAAAGCUGAGGAAGUUGUCGAAGAAGAAGAAGACGACUAAACCUAAGAAGUCCAAGUCCAAGUCUAAGAAGCCAAAGAAGGAUUCAAAGAAGAAAAUCAAGAGACCUGCUGGUCUUAGGACUGGCAAGAAAGGAACUUUCAAUGAGGGUCCCUCAACUGCCUACCAAAAUGUAGGAGGUUCCAGCACUGCCUACAACCGCAGGUCGCUUGAACUCGAGACCCGUCAGCCAAUGCCUCUCAAGAUUGGCAUCAUGGAUAAAAACAAAUUGGAGAAGCUCAGAAAGGCUAUAAAGAAGCCAAAGAAAACAACCAAACCAAAGAAGGCGAAGAGCUCAAAGAAGUCGACUAAGUCAAAGAAAAAGGUCACCCUCAAGAAAGUUGCUGGUACCAGGACUGGCAAGAAAGGAACUUUCAAUGAGGGUCCCUCAACUGCCUACCAAAAUCACUGCCUAUGA